AUGGCAGGGAAAAAGAGGUCAUUGGUGGGCAGCAAGAGACCAAAGCUUGUGCAGUCAGUUUUCGCCGCAAGGAAAUUGACACAGGUCACGUGCCCAGAAUGCAAUUUCCAGUACAUUUCUCGUGUGAAAGAAUCUGAAGAACAACAUCGUCUCUUUCACGAGGAGAAAAUUUCGGGUCUGAAAAUAACUAAGACAACAUACACCAAGUUGCUAUCGCAUGGCAUGAAAGUCGAAUAUUCCGGCAAUCAGAGUAGCUGGAGUAGCGAGAAGAUCGAGUGCUUUAUUGUCUCCUGUGUUGACCCGCAGAUAGUAAGAGUGGUUUCGGACAUGCUCAAGCACGUGAAUGAGCUGUGGCUCAACAGUACAAACAGCUCUAACAGCUGGAAAAAGCGUCCAGUGGAAAGCAAAGUUGUCCUUCUGGUGUCCAGUGCUCGUUCGGCAAAAGGCGGCAACCACCGUCUCAUCGGCAUAGUUACAACAGACCCACCGCCGCCAUUAUCGGCGUUCCUAUUGGGAUACCGCAUGCACGUCAGCACGUCGGCGGUGGAUAGAAAAGGACCGCCAUUGAAGCUUCAGCUAGGAGUCUCCCGCAUCUUUGUCAGCCAGAAGUACCGUCGCCACCAUCUCGCGACCUUCAUGCUAGAUUCACUGCUCGAACAUGCAGUCUACGGGACAACUCUAACGCCCUCGCAGGUUGGAUUCAGCCAGCCGUCCAAUGCCGGCUCUCGGCUGCUCAGCCACUGGUCUUCAGCUCCCUCCUCCUCUUCUUCUGACACAGUUCUUGUCUACGAAGAAGAAACAUGA